GCCUGAAAGCACCACACAUGAUGAAAGCUGAUCACCAGCCCGCAUAGUGAAAGCAAGAGCCCCUUCAAAAGAAGUUGCGAGAAGAGGUGAGUGCGUGCAUAGGCUGCCCUGGCUGGGCGGGGGUAGGGAGAGGUGGGGAGGGCAACAGGGGCAGAGCAAAAGGGGUAGGGACAGAAGGAAGGGGAUGGAGCCGUGGGACUGAAGGCUUUGGGGCCGGGGACGCCGUACUGCUUCCCACAUAGUGCUCCAGUUCUCCCCUGUUAGGGAACCUGGCUCUGCAUCUCCGGUUUAGCUCUUCCCUUUUGUCCAGCAAAUCUAUAUAGCACUUCUGAAGCUGUUUUUAGAGCUGACAAACAACCCUCGCUGCCUGCCUAGCGUUCCAUCUUCAGCCGCUAGCCAGGAACUACGCCCAGCGCCUGCUCGUUGGCCGGCAUCCCCCUGUACCGUCCGCACUACCGGCGAGCUUGGGGAGGGCCCCCUCAACACAGAGGUGGCUCAUCACUGUGCGUAGGGCUGGAAUUUCGCACGAAACUGCUUUUCAGAUGGUUCAUUCCCUCCUUCUCCCCCUUCCCUUCUUUAGUCAUUCUCACUUGCUUUAGAGCACGAAAUGAAGAACUCAAAAAUCGGCUGCUGCAGCAGCCGUGCUGAGCCCCCAGCUGCCCUGCUGCUUGCAGAGGAUGAAGCUUGUGUUUUUUCCUACCGUGUAACUGUCAGCAAGUGGUGCUUUCCGGUUCUUGAUUGCACUGGUUUUGGCAGUUCUUUUGUUCAGUAAGACACAGCUGGCUGAGGGACGCAUUUCUCAUGGCAGGAUUUCCUAUCUACGAACGUAUUUAACCUUUUGAAGCUGUGGUAUGGUUUGCAUAGCUUUUCCUUUUGUUGGAGAAGUCCAUAUAUAAUGGCUUCUGCAGCACUCUGGUACAAAACAGGAACGCUGUCAGCAAGAGGAAAUAUUCGCCUGCUGUAUAUCAUCCUCAUGUGUAUCCCAUUAUACACGCUGGUACCGUGUGUGUCUGAGUGCAUUUCUUCCAACGAAAGGUCUGUUGUGGGUAAGCUCGGGCAGUGUGUGCACAGUGCCUCAGUGCAUCACAGCCCAAUUCCGAGCUAUCCUUGGAAACAUACAAAGGUCUGAGAUCCCAUAAGGGUAAAUCCAGGUGUAACGGCAACAGACAAUCGGUUAAAUAUUGACUUAUGUCUCACUACAAUAUUUAGUUUAAUAUAUCUAUUCCUUACUGGUGGUGAGCCAUGAUGACGAUGAGGGCUGCAGCUGUAUGCUAACUGCCUGAACUGGGGGAUGUUUCUGUUCAUUUUUCUGAGUCACAGAAGAGCAGCACAAGGCGAGGAGGCUUCCCUGUUUAUUGGAGUGGCUGCUGAUACUGCCCCAUAUAGGAAUCAUGAAACUGGGAGGGAACCUCUGGAGAUCAUCGAGUCCAACCUCCCUGCUAAAGCAGGUUCCCUACAGAAGAUUAUCCAGGUUGAUAGUGAAUAUCUGCGGAGGAGACUCCACCACCUCUCUGGGCAACCUGUCCCAAUGCUCUGUCACUCUCACUGUGAAAAAAGCUUUUCCUCAUAUUUCUGUUCCAGUUUGUGCUGUUUGCUCCUUGCCUUCUUGUUGCACACCACUGAAAAGAGCCUGUUCCCCUCACUCAUUUGACAGGGGUUUGCCUAGUUUCACUGGAAUGGAGUUGAUUUCCUGCAUAGUGUUUGCUAUGCUGCUAUUUUGGAUAGUUUUUUAAGGAUAAAAACAGUGUUGAAAACAGGCUGAUGUUUAUAUUGCUGCUGAGCAGUGCUGAACGCAGCCAAAGGUCUGUCUUAAGCUUCUGGCACUGUGCUGCCAGUGAUGGGCGGGGGGGCACAUGGAGUGGGGAGGGGAUGGAGCCAGGACGCCGACCUCAAAAGACCGCAGGGCGUUCCGUAAUACAUGACAUUGUGAAGUAAAAAUGUGAAAAGUGGUGGGGAGUUGGCUGAGCAGCUGCUGUUUGGGAGCAGAUGGGCACUGGUUGACGAGUGGGCAGCAAUUGCCUUGUGUGUCACUUGAUCACUUGUUUUGUGUGUGUGUGUGUGUGUAUAUAAUUAUCAUUACAAUCUUUUCUUACUUAGUAUAUAUGGGUUGAAAUAAAAAUGAGUUCUACUUCCUUUUUUUUUUCUUCUGUUUUUCAUGGCUGAACCACAGCACCACCCUUUAGAUAUUUCUAAGCUUUGCUCAGAUCCCCUCUCAAUCUUCUCUUCGUGCUGAACAGCCCCAGGUCUCUCAGCCUUUACUCAUAAAGGAGAUGCUCCAGGCCUCUCAUCAUCUUUGUGGCCCUCCACUGGAUAUAGAAGUUCCCCGUCUUUGUUAAACUGAGGAGCCCAAAACUGAACACAGUGCUCCAGAUGUGGCCUCACCAGGGCAGAGCAGAGAGGGAGGACCGCUGCCCUUGUCCUGCUGGCCACACUCCUGUUAAUGCACUGCACGAUAUCAUUGGCCUUCUUGGCCACAAGAGCACACUGCUGGUUUGUGGCCAUGCUGUUGGCUACCAGGACACCCAGGUCCUUCUCUGCAGAGCUCCUUUCCAGUAGAUCAGCCCAUAACUGGUACCGAUCUAUUCAGUUAUUCCCCACCAGGUGUAGGACUCAGCACCUGAACCUCAUCAGGUUCCUCUCCACCCAGCUCUCAGCCUGUCCAGGUUUCACUGAAUGGCAGCACAGCCUUCUGGUGUGUCAGCUACUCCUCCUGGCUUUGUAUCUUCAGCAAACCUGCUAAGGAUACACUCUACUCCUUCAUCCAGUUCAUUGAUGAAGAUGUCAAGCAAGACCAGGCCCAGUGCCACCCCCUGGGGAACACCAGUAGUUUAAGGCCUCCAGCUGGACUCUGCACUGCUGAUCACAACACUCUGAGCUCUGCCCAUCAGCCAGUUCUCAAUCCAUCUUCUUGUCUGCCCAUCUAUCCCACACUUCCUCAGCUUUCCUGCAAGGAUGCUGUGGGAGACAGUGUCAAAAGCUUUUCUGAAGUCAAGGUAGACAACAUCCACUAACGUCCCCUCAGCUACCCAGCCAGUCAUGACAUCACAGGAGGCUAUCGUGUUCGUCAUGCAGGAUUUCCCCUUGAUAAAUCCACGUUGACUACUGCUCCAACUGGCAAAAUGGAGAAGAUAAAUUGCACACCAGUGUUUUCCACUUGUGCUUCCAGACAUUCUUCUUUGAUCCUGCCCACAUUCCAGCUCCCAGUAUCACCCAUGCCCGCAUGGAAAAAGCAGCAGCAGACAGCGCUCUGUGCUCCUGACGAACCGCCUGACCUCUCACAGCUCCCUGUGAGGCCUGCAGUGGGGAAUCUCACUGCCUGUUAAUAAAAGGCUCCCUCUGUGUGCCUGUCCUUCCCCCCUCCACGUUCAGCUUGAACUUCUUCCAACCUCUGCCCCCGUGGAAAGUUUUAGCGUUUUGUUAUCCAUCCCCCACUACUGCAAACAUCUGUGGGAAGAGGUGAUUUUCAGUUCCUGACACAGACUGCCUCAGAGACAACAGUCUGGACAUAACAAACUGAUGUAGACACAAAUUCCUUUCCUAUUUAUUUCUCCAUGUCACAACCUGAGAAGACGGCGGAGGGAUGUGCUUUUUAAAGGGGCAGCAGCAAUAUGCAGAGGAACUGCGCCGCAUGCCUGCUUGCAAACUUACCAGCAAUUCUGCCUGGAUGGACUGCCUGGACUUCUUCCAGGCUGACUGUGGCCUGGAACGUUUCUUUUCUUUUCUGAGUGCUGCAGCUUUGUGCAACUCACGUGAGCUGGAGGAUGUUUCUGUUCCUAGUCCUGAGCCACAAAAGGAAGACUGUCUAAAUCACCAUCCUUCCUCAAGAGGAGCCCUUCUUGCAGACUUCACUUAUUCUUUAUUGGGGGAGCCUCAGCCCCUCCCUCUGUGCACAUGGAGAGGUGGGAGGGACUCUAGGAUUGUGAAAGAGUGCCUGCCUCCCCCACAACUUGAUCUCACAUCCUUAAAAUAGCUGCGUAUACCAGUGAAGAACAGUCUUGUUUCUCUUUUAUAAGCCUCAACUGUUUCUUGCCCAAACCUCAGACAACAAGAGGAUGCCACAGAAAAGGCUGGAAAAUGGCUGAGUUUUGCAUUAGCCCUCCCACAGCCCUUUGCCCCAUACUGUCCUCCAAAGUGACAGGCAUUUUGCAGAGGGAGAACAGACCUCAUUUGCCACUUUUUCUCCACUUCAGAGAAUUCACAGAAGAUAUUCUUUGAGCCCACGAAGCUCCACCAGCAGCUCUGAGUGCAUGCAUUCAGAUACAGGCCUUGCCACCAGGGCUCUGUGGCCUGCAGCAACCGCUCUGCCUCAGAUAAUGCAGUGCACAGAAGUUCAGUUUAUUUUUUUUCUGAAAGCUCAUUUCCUGAAGUCCUUUGAUCAGGGCAGAAGCCACAGAGCAGCCAUCAGCCCCUUGGGUGGUGGGGACAGCCAGGACUGGAGGUCUCCAUUGCAGGCUUGAACAUGAUGUGCCCUGCCUAUAUCCUUCUCUCCUUGUGUUUUGGCUACUUUUGGGAUGCUCUGAGCUAUGCUGGGGCCCAUGGAAGACAACUGGAUGUUGCCGGGAGGUGGCGACACUAUUCCUAGAGAACCCCACCAAGAGCACGUGGCUGCAGGAAGAGCUCAGACCUAAUGAAGACCUGAAGGCACCCACAUGACCAUGUCUAUCACACACUACGUCUUUCUGCUUUUCCUGGAAUUCUCCCUUGGGGUGGAAAUCACAGAACGAAAACUUGCGGCAGAAGGGUCCUCUGUCAUGAUGCAUGCACCAGCAGUCAGCAAUAUGAGCAUCACCGAGUGGGAGUACAUAGAGGACAGGACACCCAAAUUCAUCUUGCAGUACUAUGCCAACUUGAAGGUUCCAAUUAUUUACGCUGCAUACCAAGGCAGAGUGGUUUUCUACAAAAAGAAUGGCUCGCUUCUCCUACAGCAGCUGCGGGAGGCGGACAGUGGCAUCUAUAAAGCAACAGUUGACCUGAUGCAGGACAGGACUAGGACAACUAUCCUGGAGGUGAUCAAACCUGUGCCCCAACCCAAGCUCCUGAAGAGCUCAGACUCGAAUGGUUGUCUCAUCAAGCUGAUCUGCCUGCUGCCCCAUGGAACUGUGGCUGCUGUCUCCUGGAAGAAAGAUGGACAUUCCCUUACCUCACAAAAUUAUUAUCAGCUCACUCAGAACUUCACUGAGCUGUGGGUAAGGAAUGGAGAGAAGUCGAACUGUGGCUCCUACUCCUGCAAUGUCAGCAAUGCCAUAAGCUGGGAGGAGGCAACAUUCAACCUCACUAUAACAGGUCUCUCGCCUCCUCUCCAUGCUGCACUGAGGACGACAGUGGCUGCACUGGCUCUGGCUGUCAUCACUGCCAUCAGCUUUGUUAUCUGGCUCCUGCAGCCGGGGAAGCACAGACUUGGAAAAGAAGCACGGACAUGGCUAACUCCACCCAUCAGAGGGCUGCUGGGUAUCUCAUGUCUCCUCCUGUUUGUCACCUCUGUCAUCUGGAUGCUGGAAAAAGGUCCUUCUGCUGCCUUCAUCCUCCAUGGGCUUUACUUCCUUGCUGCAGUUAUAGCUGUGCUGCUGAUCAUCAUGAUCUCUCAGUGCAGACCAGAAGUACUCGCCCAGUGCCCAACCCUGACCUGCCACUCCGCCUUCCUGUGCAGUACAGCCAUGACACUGGCAGUCAACUUGUCAUUCUGCUUCCUCUUGCUCUACAACUUCCAGUGGGACCAUGAGCGUGGUUGUUCAGAGCCUGUCGAUGUGAUCACCAGCUGUGUCCUCGCUGUGCUAGCAGCUCUCCUGCUGCUGCUGCUCUUCGCCCUCUGGUAUCACAAGAAGAAGAUGGAUGCCAGAACACAGACCAGAAGCACCCAUGGGAAAGAAGAAGAUCGAGGACAGAACCAAGACAAGGAGAUUAGGCUGUCCCUUCAGCAUCCUGGAGAUGACAUCGCGCAAGAGCCAAGCUGAAAGAAAGGCAGUAAGGCACUGCAAGCUGUCUGCUCCCCAGCAGAGCUUGGGGCAAAAAUUCAGCCAAAAUGUUUAAAAAAAAAAAAGAGAGAGAGAGAGAUACACAUUCCAGACUUAGCUGUGGACAGUUCUUAGUAGUUCUGUCCCAGCUAUCCCAUCCCAGCUAUGAUGCGUUGCUACUAUUUGUCAGCAUAAGAGCAGUACUGGCUCAGUCAGUACGUUUUGGCUUCAAAAGAUUCCUGACCUGUUUUGCUUUCAGCACAGCUUCUGAGAAUUUCCACUUUCUGAGCUGCUUUCUUGCUGUCUCCUUAUAUGGUGCCUUAUAGCUACAGCCGUUGUGUCCUCAGGUCUGGCAGCUCCAGCACUGCCAUGUGCCUUAGGGGUAGGACUCCUUAUAUGGCUUUUAAAGCAUCCAUGAUGAAAAAUGCCCUGAGCUGAUUUCCAUUCCGGUAACCCAGCCUUGUCCCACCCAACAUCAGCGUGCAGUGGGCACUGUCUGGGCUGACACCAGGACAAGGCAAGGGCGCAAUGCAGUACUAACUCAAGUUAUGGCAAAUAAUUGUGUGCAUUUUGUUACGCUGGCUAAAGACAGUCCUGUGAUCAGUGAAAAAUAUGCAGCUUUGCUUUCUGUUUUGAAAAAGAAAUUUGAGAAUAGGUUUGAAGGUUGCAAAAAAAUGUAUCAACUUACGUUUGAAACUCCAUUUUCAGUCGGCAUAAAUUCAUUACCUGUGAAUUUUCCAA